AAUUUCUCGGGUUAAUGACGAACAUGGAUUAUUUAUGGAUUGUGGGCCGGUAGUGGAUAAGUGUGAUGGGCUGAAGGAGUGUGAUGGGCUGGUAGCCAACCCAAGUGGGAUGGUUGGGAGCAAUAAAGAAAAUAGGCCUGAUGAUGAUAAUGUGGGACAGCUAGCAUCUGUCCGGGAGAUUGAUAGAGGGGAUUUGAUGGGUAAAAGGCACAGGAAAAUAGAAGAGUGUUACCCGAAGGAGCUAGCAGAAAUCUGGGCGAAGCGGGGGCAGUUGGUGACAGCCAGAACAAAGCUACGGCAAGGGAGAAGAGAGAUGGCUCGAAUGGCUACAACGGAAACAGUGGAGCGGGAUUUUUUGUGGGGUGAGAUUGAGUUAAAGAAGAAGAUAUCAUGGGUUAACUGGGAUUCAGUUUGUUGUAGUAGGGGGAAGGGGGGUUUAAGGGUGCUAGAUUUGCGUAUGAGGAGUUGGGCAUUGCUCGGGAAGUGGUGGGCUAGAUUCGGUGAUGGAGUGGAAAGUUUAUGGAAACAGGUGGUAUGGGAAAAAUAUUUUGGAGGUAAGAGGGAAGCGGACAUUAUUGCAGUAGAAACUGUAAAAGUGUUUAAGAUUUGGAGUGAUGUUAUUAAAAUAGGAGGGAUGUCAGCAGGCUUAAGGAAUAUGGUGGUGAAGGGUUUUAGAUGGGAGCUAGGGGAUGGUAGUCGGGUGGGUUUUUGGAGAGAGAUUUGGGUUGGGGAUAAGUUGUUAAGGGAUUUAUGUCCUCGAUUAUACGAGUUAGCUAUUCAUAAGGAAGGUAUGGUUAGUGAGAUGGGCGAAUGGGAGGGGGAUAGGUGGCGAUGGAAUAUGGAGUGGAAGAGAGAGAGGUCGGGAAGAGUAAGGGAUGAAGAAGAGGUCUUCUGGGAGAUGCUUGGUCCAGUACAAUUAAAGAAAGGAAGGGAGGAUAGUUGGCGGUUAGUCCCUUCCAAAGUGAGUUUUUUUGGGUGGAGGUUGUGUCUUGAUAGACUCCCAACAAAGGUAGCUUGGUCAGUUUGGGUACAAGUGUUGCACUGGUGGGGUAUUGAGGCUGUGUUAUCAAAUACAAUAGAAGGAGUUGCAAAGUUCUUUCCACAUGGUUUGGGUAAGAUUAUAGAGAAGGAAAUGGGAGCAAGUAUUUUCCUUGCUGUUUCUUGGUAUCUCUGGUACUGUAGGAAUAUGGGAGUUUUUAAGUAUCUUGUGAGUUUUACGGAAAGGGUGGUGGAUAUGGUGCAAGCCAAUACCUUUUUCUAGAUUAAAACUAAGAUGCAAAGGUGUGUUUUUUCCUUUCUAAGUGGUAGAAUAAUCCAAUAUAGGUUGCUAUAGAAGUAAGAAGGCAUAAAAGGCUAUUGAAGACAUUCUAUAAGCAUAAAUUGUGGGUGGCAUG